GAAGACUGCAGCCAGCGCCGGUGUCUGAAUGCCUGCAGUGGGCGAGGACACUGCCAGGAGGGACUCUGCGUCUGUGAAGAGGGCUACCAGGGGCCCGAUUGCUCAACAGCCGAUGGCCCUGGGGGGCCUCCAGCUCCAGCAGCGGGUGCCUGGAGAUUGGAGUGGUGUCACCAUCACGGAGCUGGAGCCAGGUCUCACCUACAACAUCAGCGUCUACGCUGUCAUUAGCAACAUCCUCAGCCUUCCCAUCACUGCCAAGGUGGCCACUCAUGUCUCCACUCCUCAAGGGCUACAGUUCAAGACGAUCACAGAGACCACCGUGGAGGUGCAGUGGGAGCCCUUCUCAUUCCCCUUCGAUGGGUGGGAGAUCAGCUUCAUUCCAAAGAACAAUGAAGGAGGGGUGAUUGCUCAGCUCCCCAGCGACGUUACCUCCUUCAACCAGACGGGGCUGAAGCCCGGAGAGGAGUAUAUUGUGAAUGUUGUGGCUCUGAAGGAACAAGCCCGGAGCCUCCCUACCUCCGCCAGCGUCUCUACUGUCAUUGAUGGGCCCACGCAGAUCCUGGUUCGAGAUGUCUCUGACACUGUGGCCUUUGUAGAGUGGACCCCACCUCGAGCCAAAGUUGACUUCAUUCUCUUGAAAUAUGGCUUAGUGGGUGGAGAAGGUGGGAAGACGACCUUCCGGCUGCAGCCUCCCCUAAGCCAGUACUCAGUGCAAGCCCUUAGACCUGGCUCCCGCUACGAGGUCUCAGUCAGUGCAGUCCGCGGAACCAAUGAAAGCGAUGCCACAAGUACCCAAUUUACAACAGAGAUUGAUGCUCCCAAGAAUUUGCGAGUGGGUUCCCGCACAGCAACUAGCCUUGACCUUGAGUGGGAUAACAGCGAGGCAGAAGCUCAGGAAUACAAGGUUGUGUACAGCACCCUAGCGGGUGAGCAGUACCAUGAAGUGCUGGUCCCCAAGGGCAUUGGUCCAACUACCAGGACCACCCUCACGGAUCUGGUACCAGGCACAGAAUACGGAGUUGGGAUAUCUGCGGUCAUGAACUCAAAACAAAGCAUUCCUGCUACCAUGAAUGCCAGGACUGAGCUUGACAGUCCCCGAGACCUUAUGGUAACAGCCUCAUCAGAGACCUCUAUCUCCCUCAUCUGGUCCAAGGCCAACGGUCCCAUUGAUCACUACCGAAUUACUUUCACCCCAUCUUCUGGGAUCUCCUCAGAAGUUACUGUGCCUAGGGACAGGACUUCAUACACUCUGACAGAUCUAGAGCCCGGAGCAGAAUACAUCAUCUCUAUCACGGCUGAGAGGGGUCGGCAGCAGAGCCUGGAGUCCACUGUGGAUGCCUUCACAGGCUUCCGCCCUAUCUCCCAUCUGCACUUUUCUCACGUGACCUCCUCCAGUGUCAACAUCACCUGGAGUGACCCAUCACCCCCAGCAGACAGACUUAUUCUCAACUACAGCCCCAGGGAUGACGAGGAAGACACGAUGGAGGUCCUCCUGGAUGCCACCAAGAGGCACGCUGUCCUGAUGGGGCUACAGCCAGCCACUGAAUAUAUAGUGAACCUUGUAGCUGUCCAUGGGACCGUAACCUCUGAGCCCAUAGUGGGUUCCAUCACUACAGGAAUUGAUCCCCCCAAAAACAUCACAAUUAGCAAUGUGACUAAGGACUCGGUGACGGUUUCCUGGAGCUCUCCUGUCGCACCUUUUGAUUACUACCGUGUGUCAUAUCGACCCACACAAGUGGGACGGCUGGACAGCUCCGUGGUGCCCAACACUGUGACAGAGUUCACCAUCACCAGGCUGAAUCCAGCUACUGAAUAUGAAAUAAGCCUCAACAGUGUGAGGGGCAGGGAGGAAAGUGAGCGCGUCUGUACCCUGGUGCACACAGCCAUGGAUAGCCCUACGGAUCUGACUGCUACCAACAUCACCCCCACAGAAGCUCUGCUUCAGUGGAAAGCACCCAUGGGUGAAGUGGAGAACUAUGUCAUUGUCCUCACACACUUUGCCAUUGCAGGAGAGACCAUCCUGGUUGAUGGAGUCAGUGAAGAAUUCCAACUUGUUGACCUGCUUCCUAGCACCCAUUAUACCGUCACCAUGUAUGCCACCAGUGGGCCUCUCGUGAGUGGCACCAUUGCCACCAACUUCUCUACCCUCCUGGACCCUCCUGCCAACCUGACAGCCAGCGAAGUCACCAGGCAAAGUGCACUGAUCUCCUGGCAACCACCCAGAGCAGAUAUUGAAAACUAUGUCUUGACAUACAAGUCCUCCGAUGGUAGCCGCAAGGAGCUGAUUGUGGAUGCUGAGGACACGUGGAUCCGACUGGAGGGCCUGUUAGAGAACACAGACUACACAGUGCUCCUGCAGGCAGCUCAGGAAGCCACAAGGAGCAGCCUCACCUCUACUGUCUUCACCACAGGGGGCCGGCUGUUCUCUCAUCCUCAAGACUGUGCCCAGCACUUGAUGAAUGGAGAUACUCUGAGUGGAGUUUACACCAUCUUCCUCAAUGGGGAGCUAAGCCACAAGCUGCAAGUAUACUGUGACAUGACCACAGAUGGGGGCGGCUGGAUUGUGUUCCAGAGGCGGCAGAACGGCCAAACUGAUUUUUUCCGGAAAUGGGCUGAUUAUCGUGUUGGCUUUGGGAAUCUGGAGGAUGAGUUUUGGCUAGGGCUAGAUAACAUCCACAGGAUAACAGCCCAGGGCCGCUACGAGCUGCGAGUUGAUAUGAGGGAUGGGCAGGAGGCAGCCUUCGCCUACUAUGACAAGUUCGCUGUAGAGGACAGCAGAAGCCUAUACAAGCUCCGCAUAGGAGGCUACAAUGGCACUGCAGGAGACUCCCUCAGCUAUCACCAGGGACGCCCUUUCUCCACGGAGGACAGAGACAAUGAUGUUGCAGUCACCAACUGUGCCAUGUCAUACAAGGGUGCUUGGUGGUACAAGAACUGCCACCGGACCAACCUCAACGGGAAGUACGGGGAGUCCAGGCACAGCCAGGGGAUCAACUGGUACCACUGGAAAGGCCAUGAAUUCUCCAUCCCCUUUGUAGAAAUGAAGAUGCGGCCCUACAACCACCGGCUCACGGCCGGGAGGAAACGGCGAGCCUUGAAAUUCUGAGCACUGGGCAGCCAGCCACCAGCCAGACGAUCUUUUCUGUCAUUUGUUUGUAUUUUAUAAUAUGAGACAAGGGGGGGAGGGGCAACAGUAAUGUGCUUCACAACAUAUUCAGAGCAUCUGAAGGAAGCAGGGAUCAGUUAGGUACCAUCUGCCCAUAGUUUCUGCUGCCUUGGAGCCUGACCCUCGGGCUACACGCUCCCUGCUAAUCAAUCCUCUAUAAUCAUCCCCUCCUUUCUCACAGAGGAGGAAAACGGGGGAGUUGAAAACACAAUUCAAAAACAGACCACAAAAUACAGAUUGUUAUGGCGACAGGCACACACACACACACACACACACACACACACACCUUCUUCCUCUACUAUCUUAUAAGACCCCUUCCUCUUCUAAAUAAUAGUAAAUUGGUCACAGCCAACCAUGGCCAGGUGACCACACCAGUGCAGGGGAGCUCCGGUAAGAAAGCUUGGCCAGUCUCCUCUUAAGAGGGAAGACACCUGCCACACCCCAACACAACAGCUCAAGUUCAUUGACAUGAGCUAAAGAUUUUCACACUCUGACACUUAACUUGCAGGAGGAGUGGCUUCUCUUCCAGCCCCACCCCUUCUCUAGUUCUAUCCCUUAGAGCCUGAAGACCUAACAACCCAAUCAUUGUUUAAAACUCCAGUUGCCAAAGUUGCCCCUGGGUGUUAUAAGCCACUGUCAUGAAAUAACUUUGGUGGUGAGACUUGGGGAAGGGUUUUGUUUUUAGCUUACAUCAGGCAUUGAGAAGGGACAGGAGUAGAAAUCAGGGCACCUACCAGGGAGUCUGUAAGUCCCACUGGAAACUGACCUUACUUAGAGAUUCUUUUUUUUUUUUUUUUGCAUUUCUGAUCAAAGUUACCAUGCAUCCCUUCUCCUGAUGUCCUAGUUGAAGGUCUCUAGUUCUGUCUUCAGCCAGGCUACCCUCAGUGCAAGUGGCUUAGCAAUAAUCAGGGGAAGAAGUUGUAUGAGCAUCAGCCAUUCUGCUGACUAAUAUAUCGCCCUAGGAGGAGAGAGAAUGGUUGUUCUGGUCUUUUGUUUUGGUCCUGUGGUAGGUAGAGCUGACCCCUCCAAGAGGUGAGAUCAUAAGAAACAUUUUCCACACCCCUUUAUUAUUCUGCUUUGGGAAGAAAAAUGAAAAGUGCCAGAGGAAAUUGCAUUUAGAACUCCAAAGGUGAGAGGAGCGAACUCUCUGCCCCCACAUGAUUUGAUUUUUAAGCCCCGGGGAACUGGAGGCUAUAGAAGCCAUGACCUCUCAGCUUCUCCUCAAAUCAAAACCCAGCCAGUCUUCCCUGCAGCAUCUGCCCAAACUGCACCAAGGUUCUCAGCUGGUCUCUCCCUGUCCCCACUCCUCCCCGAGGCCCCACUGUGUCUGCUACAGGGCCCAUGGCUGCCAUCUGGAGCAUCUUGUACCUUUGCCAACCAAGUUACAGAUCUAACAGACACUAUCUAACCAAGCUUAGGACCAGAAGCAACAGGCCUCUUGGAGGACAAUCACACGCCUAGCAUCGUGAAGUUGGAGUCAGCUUGCCAUUUUUUCCAUCUUUGUGAUGGAGACUCACUGCCACACUCAUGGCCAAACAAUACAAGUAGAGUUUUUAUUUCUUAAUCCAACAUGUACUUCAAACAGCUAAGAGGAACCUAUAAGUUAUAUGAGAUUUAACUAUAUAGCCCAACCAUGCAGCAUUGGAGGCAAACACACUCAGUUAGGGAUAUAGGGAGGUAAACACACUCAGUUAGGGACUUGAGGGCUGUGAUAUAGGGCCACCUCUAAGAUGUGGGUUUAUUCAUAUCUUUGGGCUUCAGGUUCCUCACCUAUUGAAUUGGAGCUUAGGCCAAAAGGAUUUCUAACACCCUUUCAGUUUUCAGCCCAUAAAGUGAAUCUGUGAUAGGAAAUGCAAGAUCCAAGUUGGCCUUGGUUCACCAUCACAAUUAAGGAAAAGUCAGAAUUCCC